AUGUCGUCACUGUAUGAACCGGUCUGCCGUUACUUUAACACCUCCAGGGGGUGCUUUAGAGGCGAUUCCUGCCGUUAUGCUCAUAUCAGUCCCCGGGAACCCUCAAACACGUCCUCGUCAGUGAAUCCUUCCGGCACUCCGCUGUGUAGAUUCUUCGCCGCUGGGAAUUGCAUAAGAGGGACUUCAUGCUUUUACAAACACGAAUCUCCGGCUGGUUCUGGCAGUCGGGCCGCUCCAUCCAAUGCGGCGAGCAAGGAUUCUGAAAGCGCGCCAUCUACGGCUUCGAAGCGUGUGGCUGAGGUCGAGCAUCCAUGUAUUAUUUGUUAUGAAGAGAAGCCUGCACAGUAUGGGCUGCUACCGGGUUGCAGCCAUCCAUUCUGCAUGGAAUGCAUUCGAUCGUGGCGGGCGGUCUCUGACAAAGAUCUACAAACCAUUUCAUCUGGCGUUAUAAAGACUUGUCCAGUGUGCCGUACUCCGUCAUCAUUCGUGGUCCCUUCCGACAAGUUCUAUCCUGAUAACAAUCCAAUGAAGAAGAUCACCAUUGACCAAUACAAGAAGAGACUCUCCAAGAUCCCAUGCAAGCACAUAGCCAAGAGCUUAUCUCUGAUGCGGGAGCCCUUCUGCCCCUUUGGUCGCGACUGCUUCUUUCAGCAUCUCGAUGCCAAUGGAGAGGAGAUUACAUUCGAGCAUGGUGCUGAGAAAAUGCAAGCCGCCCAAGAAAGGCGCCUCACGCGGAUGAUGCGCGAGGCGAACUACGUUCGGUUCCAAGAUGCACUUGACUCAUUUGCUGACGAUUUGCUGAGCACAAACUUCGAGACGCUCAUGUCAAGAAUCGGAGAUGGUGAACUUGAUUACGGAGACGAGUACGACGAUGACGAUGAGGAGGAUGACUGGGAAGAUGGAGAGAAUGAUGACUGGGAGGAGGAGGAUAACGCAAUGUUUCGAAGGCUCCUGGAUGAGCAGCAGCAAUAUUUACUGAGCGAGCGCUUUGCCGAGUUGGCAAGUGUUAUCUAUUGAGCCGAACGGUUCUGUUCACAACGUCCUUACUUCGAUUGAUCCUACUUGUAGGUAAUAGACACCGCUGAGGAUGACCAGAGCCCUUCGGGCGAUACGGGGCCAGUUUAUUUCGUCCCUGCAUCGACCCUCCCGCACCGAAGGCGAUAAGGCGACACGUGGACUUCAGUGGUUUGGGUUAUGUUGAGUAUCAUAGUAAUCCACAUGUAUAUUUACAUAUCUAUGAUGUCGGAGUUUAUUCCGAGGUGCCUAAAGCGCGACUGUUGAGACUCUAGGAAAAAUCAAUGAUUGCAGGCAAUAAAUUGACUAGGUACACUCCGUCUCCAACGCUUCCAAACAAGAUCAGUAGUCUGGUGGUUCUUCUCCAGGCUCAAACAACCCUGUCGGAGGACUCGGUUCGACCGGAUGUGGGAACACUGGUUGUCUCUCCUGUACUUGCUCUCGUUCUCUUCUUUGCUCCUCCAAC